UGGCAAUUCGUCAGAUCAAGUCCAUUUAGAGAUGAAAAUCUGUCGAUCAACAAAAGAUUUCAGGUAAAACACUUCAACGAGCUUCCCUUGGGAGCCACUCGACAAAGUGACCCCCAUUUUCGCUAUCCACGACACUCACUUGAUCUGCCGAAGAUCUCAAGAAACGACUCAUGCAAUCAGGUGGAUAGUAGGUCUUCUGAUUGGUAUACCGUUACACUCGAGAAAAAGAUGCGUUGUUGGGCCAGACAUCCCACGCUUUAUGCAGAGGCAGAGCAAACCCUGCUGCCAUCCAAUGGCCAAUUCAAAAAGGCUGGCAAGCCUGCGACGUACGACGACUUAUAUAGAGAGCUAGUACCCAUGAAGAUCUGUUGGUUCUACUUCUGCAGUCUACAAGCCAUAACCUUAUUCCAACAUGGCCAGCCCCAACCCCCUCAACGUGUACAAGGGACAAGACUCGAUUCAGAAGUACUUCGAUCCGGAAUCAGCACCGCCGCUACCGCUUGUUGAGAUUCCAGAUUCGCUUAAUCCGUAUCGUCAAGAUGGAGUGCGUAUAUACGCUAAGAUGAUGACUAUGCAUCCUGCGAACAAUGUCAAAGCGAUGCCGGCCCUGAACCUUCUUCAAAAUUGUGUCGUACCAGGAAAGACAAAGGCAGUCGUUGAGUACAGCUCUGGAUCGACUGUCCUGUCCAUGUCCUUGAUUUCACGAGCUAUUCAUGGUGUCGAUGACGUUCGAGCGUUCUUGAGUAACAAGACAAGCUCAACUAAGCUUAGGCUCAUGCAGUUCUUUGGUAUUGACAUUACGCUAUUUGGUGGCCCAUCCCAACCAGAGCCUCUCGACGAACGCGGUGGUAUCAGAGCAGCCCAGAGACUUGCACAAGAGUCAGAUGCAACUAUCAUCAACCCGAACCAAUAUGAGAACGAUCUUAACUGGAAUGCCCAUGUCAAAUGGACGGGCCCGCAGAUCUAUAAGCAGUUACCAGAAAUCAACGUCAUCUGUGCUGGCAUGGGAACCUCCGGUACAAUGACUGGACUUGGCACAUACUUCAAAGAUGCAAAGCCUACAGUAUAUCGGCUUGGUGUUUGCACAGCACCCGGUGACCGAGUCCCUGGCCCUCGAUCCUUCGCUCUUAUGGCCCCCGUCCAGUUCCCCUGGAAGCGGGCAGUCGAUCACAUCGAAGAAGUCGACUCGCACAACUCUUUCUCCCUGUCGUUGGAUCUCUGUCGAAACGGUAUCGUCUGUGGACCCUCCUCAGGUUUCAACCUCAAGGGUCUGUAUCAGCUUAUAGAAAAGCGCAAGGCUGAAGGUACUCUGUCAGAACUGGCUGGACCAGAUGGAAAUAUUAACUGUGUGUUCUUGUGCUGUGACCUGCCUUACCAGUACAUCAACGAGUACUUUGACAAGCUUGGAGAGAGCUAUUUCCCCUCUAUCAAGAAUGGGGACCUGCUGGCGGUUGACUUGUAUCGAUAUGAUGAGAAGUGGGAGAGAUCAGCAUCCGAGGCUCUCGAUGCAUUCUUCGAUGUCGACCGAGGAGCGCUUCUCGACAUGGUUCUUGCCGACCCCAAGAUUGGAUCUGCCAACGCCGUCGACUUACAGAGCAUCUUAAAGUCUAAGCAGGACACUACGAUAAUCGAUAUACGCCAGCCUGAUGAUUUCAGCAUGUUCCAUCUACCAAGCGCUGUCAAUAUGCCUUUCGUCCAAAGCGGUACUCCAAGCCCAUUCUCCAAUGCCAAGCUGCUGGAAUCGCUAUGGAAGAACCUCGAAGGGGCUUUCAAGACUCCCGGAGCAGAGCUACAGUCUCUUCUCAGCGGAAGAAGAAUUCUUCUCACAUGCUACGAUGGCGAUAGUGCUCGAGUUGCAACUAGUGUCCUGAGAGCCAAGGGAUACGAGGCAGAUAGUAUCAGAGGUGGAUUCCAAGCGCUGAACAAAAUGAGACAAAGCUCAAAUCAAACGCCAGUGGCUGGAUCUCGGGAAUCGUCGCCUUGGGUGGAUUUGAGUCAGGAGGCGCUGAGUGUCGGGGCAUCGCAGUCUACUCGCGUUUCGCUAUAGUAUUUUAAUGAGACUUGAUGAUUGGCAACUAGUUUAGACACAUGAGAAUAGUAAACAAAGGAUCAUAUCACUAUUCUUGGAUGCCCUGUACACUGCGAAAUACCUUUAAUGAUAUUUCGCCGAUAAACACCUUUCCUCAAUGAUAAUGCCCCGAGUUUGGGCGAGUCAUCUCGCCAUGAACGUGGCUCUGCUGUCUAAACAAUAUGCUUUGAAUGCAUCUAUAUAUAAAGUGAAAACCCUGUCACUCAAAAGGUCAUAUCGCGAGAAGUCUAGCUCACUCCCCAGGCCCCUAGAACAUUCUUCUUUCCCUCACCC